AUGUUCUUUUGUGCCAUAUCUGGAGAACCUCCCCAGGAGCCGGUCGUCUCUGUAAAAUCAAACAAGGUAUACGAGCGUCGUUUGAUUGUCAAAUACAUCAACGAGAACGGCACUGACCCAAUUACCGGAGACAAGCUUGAGGAGUCGGAUUUGAUUGACAUUAAAGCAUCUCCAGAGACCGUUGCACCUCGUCCACCGAACCUCACAUCCAUCCCAGCCCUUCUACAAACUCUUCACAACGAAUAUGACGCUCUGGUCCUCGAGUCUUUUGCUCUCAAACAACAGUACAACUCGACGAGGCAGGAGCUGAGCUAUGCUCUUUAUGCUCAAGAUGCGGCUAGUCGUGUGGUGGCUAGGUUGAUUCGGGAGAGAGAUGCUGCUCGAGAAGCACUUGCAAAUGUACAAGCCACAAUGGGGAUUGCUCCUGCCGCGCCUGCCUCCGAAGAUGUUGAAAUGGACGAAGACACGCCUUCCGAGGGUCUUCCCAAGGAAAUCGUCGCCCGAAUUGACGAAACUCACCAGGCCUUGUCUGCCGUUCGUAAAAAGCGAAAAGCUCCAGAAGGCUACUCUACUGCUGCGGAGAUCAAAACGUACACCGCAAAGCACACUAUCCCUUCGUUGCAUUCCGCUUCACCCAGUGGUAUCACCUCUCUUGCUGUUUCGCGUUCCAGUCCAAACCAUUUCCUGACUGGUGGGAAUGACAAAAUCGUGCAGCUUUACGACCGUAGUACAGAUAAGGUCCUCGCUUCUCUCAAGGGUCACACCAAAAAGGUCAACCAGGUCGCGUUCCGUCAGAAGGAAGGGGAACCUACCCUGCUGCUUUCUGCCGGUGCAGAUAAAAUAGCGAAGGUUUGGGCACACGACGAAGCCUCGGACGAGUACAUCCCAAAAUUGACUAUCCGCUCUCACAAAGGCGAUGUCACUGGACUCGCAGUCCAUCCCACGUCCACGCUCCUUGCUCUCUCGUCUGUUGACAAAACAUACAGUGUACAUGACCUGUCGACCUUCCAACAAGUCUACCGAUCUGCGCCUUCGGAUGAGCCUUUCACCUCUCUCUCCAUCCAUCCAGAUGGUACCCUUCUUGCAUUGGGAACAUCUACGUCGACGAUACAGAUAUACGACGUCAGAAUUGGCGCUAUCGCCGCCUCUCUUACUCCUCCCGACGCUGUUCCUUUCAACAUCCACACCUUAUCUUUCUCUGAAAACGGGUUCCACCUCGCCGCACCCAGCUCUCAUUCAACCGUAGCUGUAUGGGACCUACGUAAACAAAAAGCCUCUACCAACAUCGACCUGGGUGAUGACUUCAAAGUCAACAAGGUUGUAUAUGAUGUCAGUGCACAAUUCCUCGGUGUCGCCGGUAACACAGGAGGAAGAGUCUUCAUGUACAAGAGCUGGGAAGAGCUCGUCAGAUUCGAGGAGGGCGGUGAAAUGAACGAUUUCGUGUUCGGUGACAUGGGUAAGGAGAUAUGGGGUGUAACGGGGAGAGAGGUGAGGAUUUGGAGUCUACCUGCUUAA